UUUUCUAUAUCCAUACGUUGUCAGACCUGUGGACCAUUGUUAUUUCCACACUUUUUAAUUCCAAAUUCACAACCAAUUCAUAAAAAAACAAAAAAGCAUUUUGCAUUUUGCUUUAUCACUCCAAGGAUUCAGCUGAUUAGCAACAAGAAAAAUGGCAGAAACAAAGUUGAGCAGCUUCAAAGAUCAAAGAUGGUCGCUACAAGGAAUGACAGCUCUAGUUACGGGUGGAACCCGAGGCAUUGGUCAUGCAAUAGUGGAGGAGUUAGCGGAAUUUGGGGCAAGUGUGCAUAUAUGUGCACGAAAUCAAGAUGAUAUUAAUAAAUGUUUGGAAGAGUGGAAAGACAAAGGAUUUCGCGUGACAGGGUCAACUUGUGAUUUACUAUUCUGUGACCAACGUCAAAAAUUAAUGGAAACCGUUGCUUCCGUCUUCAAUGGAAAACUCAAUAUUCUAGUAAACAAUGCUGGAAUAUUUAUUCCUAAGAACAUCAUAAAAUAUACCGAUGAAGAUAUAACAACUAUAAUGGAUACCAAUUUUGUGUCUGGUUACCAUCUCUGCCAACUUGCAUACCCACUUUUAAAAGCAUCUGGAUAUGGAAGCAUAGUAUUCAUAUCCUCUAUUUCAGGUCUGAAAGCCUUGCCUCUUUGUUCUAUCUAUGGAGCCUCUAAAGGAGCCAUGAAUCAGUUAACCAAGAACUUGGCAUUGGAAUGGUCAAAGGAUAAUAUUCGUGCUAAUGCUGUGGCACCUGGACCUGUGAAGACCUUACUUUUGGACAACGCAAUGAAAUCUGCCGAAGUGGUUAAUGCUAUAGGGGAUAUAGUGUCACAAACACCCAUUAAUCGUGUGGGAGAACCUAAAGAUGUAUCAGGAUUGGUUGCUUUUCUUUGUCUUCCAGUUGCCUCGCACAUCACUGGACAAAUUAUAGCUGCAGAUGGAGGUUUCACUAAUUAAGUUUUUUACCAUAAUUUCAAACAACUAUAAGUAAAGAGAAAAUGUUCAUUGGAUCAAGUUAGCUAAUUUUCAUAAGCUUAUAAUCUAUAAUUUGUUGCAAUAUUAACUAAUAUUGUAUUUGAAUUUGAAUCUGAAUCUGUUAUCGUAGUUCUAUUUUUGUUUUUCUCUUA